CUUGAACUGUUUCCUCAAACGCUGUUGGGAUGGGCCAUAACGUUAAACUGAAGAGCUCUAAAAAGUACCAACCUCUAUCACGCCCACUUUCAUUGAAAGAUUUAAACAGAUGUUCAAAGAGUUGUACAACAGGGAAACGCACGUUGUUGUCUGUGAAGAGAACUAAAGCACAGCUUCAAACAACAACACCCACCACACGUGCCACCAUUUCACAGAUUAUAAGGAACAGCACGCCGUUAAAUACAGUACUGAAUCCAGUACCCACGCCGGAGAUAUUUUCUGAUACUCCUACAAAGACAUCAAUAACGUUAUCGUCGUUGCAUCUCAAAUCGCCCGAGGCAAGGCCGCACGAUGAUCCUUCCAAACUGAGGAGUAUAUCCAAUGAAGUUGCAAAUGCCUCAUUCACCACUAGGGAUCACAUACCAAGGCGUAAGUUGACUCCUAUGGCUAUCGAAACGCCGUCUUUGUUGAAGACUUCACAGCUUCCUUUGAUCCAAUUGAACAGCUGGUUUGGGCUCCAUGAGAACCAUACGAUCGUUACUAAAAGAUCGACCAGCGACACAGAUCAGAUAUACCCAGUUACUGGUGUUUCUCAUAUAAGUGAUUUCUUACUCUCGGUAAACCUAGAUGGCUACAUGGAAAAUCAAGACGUUCUAUUGCUCAACUACUGUCAAAGUAUACCCAACUAUAACAGAAUUCAUCAGAUGAAAGUUGUACCCAAGAUCCAAGAGUACGUUCGUCAAUAUAACAAGCUUGAAAUGCCGCUGCAGCGCGUUACUGAGGUCAUUCAGCGUGCAAUCGAUUCGUGCAAUGCAGAUGCCGUUGUCCUCGUCAACCAGCCUGGAAUAACGCUAGACGAUCUUGAAGACUACCAAUCGUUCAUCGUCCUGAGAUCUUAUAGCUUCAUGAGCUCGACGCUGGGUGCCAUUCCUCGUGUGACCCGUCCUGUCAACCUUGAUGGCCUAUCUUCAUAUGCCUUGAGGAAAUGUGGCGGUAAAUACAUCGAAGCCAACGGACUGGACGAAAUCGACACCUACAUCGACUCACACAAGAGAGUCAUCAGAAUCAACUUGCCUGAAUUGCCAGACGAACCAGAAGCACGCCGUGAGGCAUUGGAACUUGCAGACCUGUCCCUGCGUAAGACGUUGAGAAAACUCCCAUCUCCGUACCAUCUCGUGGUGUACACGAGCUCGACGAUGGGGUUGCUCAACGUGAAUGACGAGACGCGGUGGGCCACCAAGACCAUCUUCCCUGAUCUGUCCGAGGAUGCGUCCAGGUCAGUGGAAUUUGAGAGGAACGAACAUGUGAUGGAAGUCGACAGGCCGUUCCCAAGCAAGAGAACAAAACUGCUUAACUUGACAGCGUUCCAAUGCUCGCAUCUACUCGACCAUGAAGUCAUCUAUGAAAACGAAAUGCUCAUCCUCGGGAUACUCGCAGUCACCUUCGUCUUCCUCCUUCUUCAACUGUUAAAGCUGAUCCUUAUCGCAUACCGUUGGUCUUUCGGACGCCCAUACAUUACCACUGCACAUGUUAAGCCACAUAUCAAGGCUACAAAGGCUGAAUGA